AUGGGAGGGCAGGGCCGGCAGAUCGGGGGCCUGGCGCUAUUCCCUCUGUUUCCGUCUCAGGUGUGGGACGGUCUGUGGUUACACUGUAUCCUCCAGGCGACAGGUCAGAUGCAGUGUAAGAGACACACGUCGUCCAACACCAUGACCCCCGACAUCCAGGCCGGACGUGCCCUCACGUUGCUCUCCAUCCUCGCCGGCUUCCUGGGCUUCAUGGUCACCCUCCUUGGAGGAGGCGUAGCCAACUGUAGUGGAGCUCCACCUGACCCCGUUGAGCCUCCGUCCACGUCUUCCUCCAGAAAGAAGGUGCUGGAGUUGUACUCAUAUUGUGUGGACUGGGAGUUUUGCAGCUCUGCGUGUCUGCUGGGUGGAGCUCUGUGUGUCCUCUCUGGCAUCCUGUGUCUGGUUUCAGUCAGCUGGUCAGCAGGAGCAACCAUCUCAAUCUACAAUGACCCCUUUGUGGCUGCUGCCUUGAAGAGGGAGGUGGGCUCCUCCAUCUACAUCGGCUGGGCCUCCGCUGUGCUGCUCCUCCUCAGUGGCGCUCUGAUCUGCUUCGUCUGCUGCGAGAAGGAGAGACCCCCACCUUCCUACCACUCCUACAUGCCGUACGGCAGCAGCACUCGACUCAACAACAGUUCUUCCCGCAGGGACACUCUGAAGUCUGAUGUCAUGAGGUCAAACAGCUGGAGGAUGUUUGAUCAAUCGCCAAAUAGGAUGCUGGAGCACGUAGCCCAAGUGCAUGACUAUCACCCCCUGAAUAAAGCUCAGAGUUGGGCUGGGCUCUAUAAUCAUCCUCAGGGGACACAACCGGGGUCUGAGCAGGGGACUUUAGGCCGUAAUCUGUCAAACAGAUCAGGGACACCAGACGACGGGGAGGGCUUAUUCAUGGGAAUGAAACCAAAUCUGGUGCGCGACGUUCCCAGCAGAGCGACAACGGUGCCAAGUGAAUAUUAUUAUGAUAGGGUCUAAUCUGUAGGGAUGGACUGUUUUCGAGAAUGACUGCACACAGGACUUAGACGUCAAGUGUGGUCACUGAUCCUUUCUGUUUAAAUAUUAAUCCGUCCCCACUAUCGCAGCAUCUUCUUCGGACAAAUCAAUAAGGUUUGAUAUUAAUAACAAGCCUCUCGUGGCUGCAGCUUCAGGUUAAAGUAUGGUGCAGCACACACUUACAUACACACUUACAUACACACUUGCACAUAAGCACACACAUAUAUAUUCAUGCAGAAAUAUAAAUACAUCCUGAAACACACACACAAACACACAUAGAUGCAUUCUCACUUGCAUACACAUACAUACUGAUACACACAUAUGUGUGCAUGUUAUGCAUGUAUGUAUGUGUAUGCAUGUAUGUACAAGUUAAAUAUUCAAUUUUGGCCCAGCUGGCUUCUCACAUAAUACUGAACAUACAGUAAAUUAAUCUGACUGUGUGAAAUAAGAUGAUUUUAACAACUUAAAGGGUAUGUAUCAGGAAAUAAAAUAAAUAGAAUAAGAAUAAUAAGUAACAUAACACACAUUUCAUCUGAUAGAAUCAACAGGUUUCCUUUAAAGGAACCAGUUAGCUGCUGUCUUUAUCGUUUAUCGACACUUUUUGAAGAUGAAUCUAAGUUCCUGUUUAAACAUCGUCCUCCAGGGAUAUGGUUGUGAUAAAUGUGUCGACAAAACACAAACUGUUUUUAGCACUUUGUUUUUAGCUUGUGUGCUGGGCUAUACAUGAAAAACAAGGAAUAUAUAGCAUUCCUUUUAAUUAUACUUGUAUAUCCAUUUAUAGUAAUGGUUAUUUUCCUUCAUGUGGAUGUUUGCUUGAGGAAGAACAAAGAACAUGGUCAAAAUGUUUCUGAUAAAAAUGAACAGAGCUGUGACUCCAGAGUGUGUCUGCACUCUUUUUGUUCUGCUUAUCUAAUCAAAUAAAAAGAAACACAUUAAACUGGACACAGAUGAUGUUCAGCAAGUAUCUGCUGUGUCCUUCUGUGACACAGUGACUACUGGUGCUGAGCCGCCACCGAAAGGAGAAGGACAAGAAGGAGCUUCCCCGCAGGGAUGUCGUCAUCUUUACAUGCC